AUCAUCGCCUCACUUGGAUCCAUAUUCCUCGGAGUCGGUAUCAAUACCGGCCUCGGUGCACACAAAGCAGAUCUCACUUCGACUGAAAUCAAGCACGCGAUCAAAUGGAACUGGAUUAAUCAAUCCUUGGGCAUCAUCGCCGCAGCUACCGGAAAACUCGCCAUUGUGGCAUUUCUGCAACAAAUUCACGGACCGGAAAGUCGGAAGAGAGUCAUAUUCCUGUGGGGAGUUGGGCUUGCGACCUUACUACUCAAUUGUAUCACAAUUGCUUUGAUUUGGACUCAAUGUUCCCCGCGUGCAAAGCUAUGGAAUGAUGAUCUCCCAGGGAACUGCGAUGGGCGAGCCCGGAACAUGCGGGUUGCUUAUUUCCAAGGCAGCUUCUCCGCGUUAUGCGAUCUGACUCUCGCACUAUACCCCAUUACAUUCUUCUGGCACGUCCAACUCGACCGGAAAGUGAAAAUCGGUCUCUGUGUCUUGAUGGGCUUGGGUGUUGUCGCCUGUGUCUGUGCGAUCGUGAAAACAACCUUCCUCAAAGUUCUGGAUGACACCAAUGAUAUUACAUAUUAUAUGGCCCAAUUGAUCAUUCUCAAUGAAACUGAGAAAUGGGUCGUCUUUAUAGUCGGCUGUGUUCCUCCUAUCCGUCCUCUUCUUCUCAUCGUCUUCCGUCGCCUCUUGAGCUCAGCUCGUUCUGCCUCUGGUCAUACUCGUACCCAUUAUCAUGGCCGAUCCACUGAACUCCACUCAUAUCCUCAAAGCUAUAAUAAACGUCCGCAGAUGGAACAUUUCACUCCGACCAUGGGGAGUAUUUUGCAGGCGAAGGAUAGUGAAGAGAAUAUCCUGGCGGCUGAGGAGGGUGGUAUAGUCAAGACAACUGAGGUCAGGUUGAGUUAUGAAAAUGGAUCGUCAACAGAGGGCGCUUCUUCCACACAUCAGGAACAUGCCCCACCAGAUGACGCUCAUUUACCAGACGAAAGAGUCUGA